UGAGACUUCUCUUCCUUCACUCUUCCCCGUUCCUCCUCUCCUCUCUUCGCCUCUUCAUAGCUAGCGGUGGUGGCGUUUGACUUGCAGAUCAUUCACUCUCAUCUCAUGAUCCAAUCCAAUCCAAUCGAAGCAACCUCCUCCUCCUCCUUCUAGAAACUUCCCAAAGUCCAAGAGACGCCCCCUUUCUGCUUCCCCGUCUUCGAGACGCCACCUCCUGCGACUCCCAUCUGCCCCGGCAUCAUCCAUUUCCAUCCCCUGUUCCUUACACGGUUUGUUCUUCUCCGAUUUUCCGUGAAUUCAACGACCCCGACAAGAAAUGUGAACUGGGGACCUCGUACUUCGGCUUGGCCUGUAGUAAUCUGCUGGAAAUUUCUGAGCUUGGCGCGGGCUCUGUGAUUGAUUCGGUUCCCUACGUCUUCGAUGGAUGCGAGAUUGAUGGAGACGGGUUUCCAGUUUUCCCGGAAACGGAAGAAGUGGAUUUUGCUGCUCGGGGCUUUCGGGCUUUCUUGGUAUGGUUUGUACAGGGCCUAUCAUUUGCCUUCUGUGGCUUGGAAGAGGCGGCGGCUGAUGAAGCUCGUUGGAGCUGUAGUCUCGGUGGCCGAGGCUGUCUCGGACUCCUCCGAGAUGAUCGGGAUCGUCUCGAAGGAUCUCAACGAGUUCCUCCGGUCCAAUUCUGAUGAAAUCCCAAACAGCAUUAAGCAAAUAUCAAAGAUUGCGAAGUCGCGAGAGUUCACCGGGUCUGUCACUGGGGUUACACAGGCCUUAACUCUGGGGAUACUGCGCGGCUAUAAUAGGUCCAGCCAUAGUGAUGGAAGCCGUGGAAGUUCGAGCUUUGCCGAUCGGGUUCUCGAUAAGAUAUUCACACCCGCUGGGUCGGGCUUCGCUUCCGUUGUCGUGGGCAGCUUUGCGAGGAGCUUGGUCAUGGCCUUUUAUGAUCAAACGGGGGGCGCUGGAUCGGAAUCGGGUGCUAUUCCUGCAUGGGUCAAUUUGUUGUGCAGUGAUAAGGGUAGAGAACUGAUUGGAGAUUGCAUUCAAUUGUUUGUGAGCUCUGCGAUAGCGGUGUAUCUCGAGAAGACUAUGGACAUCAACACAUACGACGAGAUCCUCGCGGGAAUGACCAACCCAAAGCACGACGCGAAGGUGCAGGAGAUGCUUGUAUCCGUCUGUAACAAUGCCGUGGAAACUCUUGUCAGGACCUCUCAUGAUGUUUUGACGAGCCCGAACCCGAACGGCCAGAAAUCUCCAGGAUCGGGGUUGCCGGACCUGGCCAUCGAAGAGUACUCGAAAGGAGAAGAUUUGUGCAGUGAUGAUAAUGAUAACAAGGAUAACGGGUGGGUUACGAAAGUCUCUUCCACACUGGCUGUCCCGAGGAACAAGAAGCUUGUUCUCGAUUUGACGGGGAGGGUCACGUCCGAGACGGUGAGGUCAGUGAUGGAGUUUGCACUAGAGAAGGCUUGUGAAGGAAUGGUUAGGAGGGUGAAUCACGUCCAGGAGACGGUCACAGAUCGGGGACGGCAAGUCAUGAGGUACGUGACAGCCAAGUCGAAUGUGAUCACCACGGUUUGUCUCUCUGUGUGCCUGCACGUGCUGGAAAGUGCUUGGAUUUUGGCACCAGUCGAGGACGAUGAGCGAUGGCGAUGAUGGUUCUCCUCCUCCUGCAAAUUAGAUAUAUCUGUCUGUCCAUUGAUAUUACAUUACGUACGAGAAUUUUCAGAUUCUUCAAAUUACGAUCCUCAAUACUGUUCACCUAGCUUCAUUGUGUGUGUUAUACAGGGAAUCGACAUUUAAGCUGUAUGGUAGACUUUGUCUGUGUAUAGCCUCCAAUUCUUUCACUUUCACGUUCUCUUCUUGAGAGCAGCAAAGGUGUUACUGGGUCACCGCGUCCAACCGUGUAACAAUCCUAUCGGAGUAACACUUUAUCCUGCUUCUUUGGUCAUUGCUUUGUGCCGUGACAAGUUC